CCUGGACUCCACACGACCCCCCACGCAUAAAAGCCGCCCGCCCCCCGAUUUUUCCUCCGCCACCGCCGCACCCAGAUUCUUCCAGCCAAACCCUAGCGCCGCCCCCCUCCCCCUCCUGCCGCCGGCCGCCGACCGAGGUGAAGGCAGAGGUGGGAACACAACCAAGAUGGCGGACGGUCAUGAUAACGACAAGAACAUUGAGAUCUGGAAAGUUAAGAAGCUGAUUAAAGGGCUUGAUGCUGCCCGUGGAAAUGGGACAAGCAUGAUAUCGCUGAUCAUGCCACCUCGUGAUCAGGUCUCAAGAGUAACCAAGAUGUUGGGUGAUGAAUAUGGAACUGCCUCAAACAUCAAGAGCAGGGUCAACAGGCAGUCUGUCUUGGCUGCUAUUACCUCUGCUCAGCAAAGGUUGAAGCUGUACAAUCGAGUUCCACCCAAUGGAUUGGUGCUUUAUACUGGAACCAUCGUGACUGAUGAGGGCAAAGAGAAGAAAGUCACCUUUGACUUUGAGCCAUUCAGGCCAAUUAAUGCUUCCCUGUAUCUCUGUGACAACAAGUUCCACACUGAGGCAUUGAAUGAGCUGCUUGAGUCUGAUGAUAAGUUUGGCUUCAUUGUCAUGGAUGGUAACGGAACACUUUUUGGAACACUGAGUGGCAACACUAGAGAGGUUCUUCACAAGUUCUCUGUUGAUCUCCCAAAGAAACAUGGACGAGGAGGCCAGUCAGCACUUCGCUUUGCCCGUCUGCGCAUGGAGAAACGCCACAACUAUGUGCGCAAGACAGCUGAGCUUGCUACACAAUUCUUCAUCAACCCUGCCACCAGUCAGCCAAAUGUUUCUGGGCUCAUUCUAGCUGGUUCUGCUGACUUCAAGACUGAACUGAGUCAGUCUGACAUGUUUGAUCAGCGCUUGGCAACCAAGAUACUCAAGGUGGUUGAUGUUUCUUAUGGUGGAGAGAAUGGCUUCAACCAGGCCAUUGAGAUAUCUGCUGAAGUCCUUUCCAAUGUCAAGUUCAUCCAAGAAAAGAAGCUGAUUGGGAAGUACUUUGAGGAGAUAAGUCAAGACACUGGAAAGUAUGUUUUUGGUGUGGAUGACACCAUGGCUGCCCUUGAAAUGGGUGCCGUUGAGACACUGAUUGUGUGGGAAAAUCUUGACAUCAACCGGUACGUCCUGAAGAAUUCUGCCACUGGAGAAACUUCUGUGAAGCACUUCAACAAGGCACAGGAGGCAGAUCAGAGCAACUUCAAAGAUAAGGCAACAUCUGCAGACCUGGAGGUGGUUGAGAAUACCUCGCUACUGGAGUGGUUUGCCGAAAACUAUCGGCAGUUUGGUUGCACACUGGAGUUCAUCACGAACAAGUCGCAGGAAGGAUCUCAGUUCUGCAGGGGCUUUGGUGGGAUAGGAGGGAUUCUUCGCUACCAGGUUGAGGUGAACGCUUACGAGGACGUGUCUGACGAGGAGUAUGACGAAGACUUUGAAUAGCAAUCAAUUGAAACUCCAGUGAAUCCGGUCCGGGAGGAGCCUGUGCUGGCCCGGAACCGGAACACGCCGCGGCAGGAGGCCGAGGCAUCCACAAGCUCAUCGAGGAAAAGAACUUAAGGGGGAUGAAGAGUAAGACUUGAGAACAGGGGUGAUCACCGUUACUGUGUGAUGAAGCAUGAAGUCUUGUCGGCGUGAUAUGGAGGAAGGCUGCAUUUCUGAUUUCUAUCGGAAGACUGCCCUAUUUAGCACCAUCUUUAUUAUUUAAGAAUAAAUCAUAGCUAUAAGCUAUUGUUUGUGUCAUUGAUGUGAGUCUUGAACUAGUCUGUUAAGUUUGUGGGUCAUUGUUUGCUGCAGCAGCAGCUAUCCUUUAUUUCUCUGAACCAAAGUUGUGAUGCUAUCAGUACAUUUGGACGUGCUAUUGGAUAGACACAGCUAUGUCUAUGUGUCAUUAUAUUUGAGAUAAA